AAACUCUUUACCGCGCUCGCCCCAAGUCUCCUGAUCCAGCGCGGAAAGUUGGGCCGAGCUGGGGUGGGGAGGGUCCCCAGUCCCAGGCGACGCGCGCGGGGCUUCUGCCCAGUUUCCUGCCUCACAGCCGAAGUGUCCGCCCCGGCCCGAAGUAGUUUGUGCAAUUUAGAAACUCGAUAGGAGGCAGCAGCUGAUCUCCCACCACCCUAAAAAUAAUCUGCUCCGGCGCACUGCGUGCUUCGGCUAGGGGAGGAAAGCUCUGUCAUCCGAAUGAGAUUAAGGGACAGGGCCCCGUCGUGAGGAGGAGGGGGUGGGGAUCAGGUUUCCAGUUUUUCUUACAAAACUGCCGGCUCCUACUUAAACCAACUGGAAACAGGAAAAGGAGUUCUGUGUCCUGGUUUGAAAUUUACAUCUUAAGACAGUGUAGGAAGUUCGUGUUUGGAAGGUAGCACAAGUGCAUCCAUAGGGGUUUGAAGCAUCGUCAAGCCCAAGGUGUUUUAGGACUUGAAGUUGUCUGGAAUUGCUUUUCUGUCAUAACUGACACUUUCUGCUUGGUGGACAGGAAAGUGCUAGUUUCCAUUUAACUGAUAGUCUACUUUCAGAGGAGAGAGCUGACAAAAAUAAAUGAAGAAAAAUUUUGUUUGUGCCCAAGAUUAAGUCAAUUGUCCAUGAAAGGAAAGAGAGAAAAGAAUAAGUCAUAUGAAAAGAAAUGAGUCUUUCAUUUUGUGGUAACAACAUUUCCUCAUAUAAUAUCUAUGAUGGUGUACUACAAAAUCCCUGCUUUGUGGAUGCCCUCAACCUGGUCCCUCAUGUGUUCCUGUUGUUUAUCACUUUUCCAAUAUUGUUUAUUGGAUGGGGGAGCCAAAGCUCAAAAGUGCAAAUUCAUCACAACACAUGGCUUCAUUUUCCUGGGCAUAACCUGAGAUGGAUUCUUACUUUUGCUCUCCUGUUUGUGCAUGUUUGUGAAAUAGCAGAAGGCAUCGUUUCAGAUUCACGACGAGAGUCCAGGCAUCUCCACCUCUUCAUGCCGGCAGUAAUGGGAUUCGUCGCCACUACGACAUCAAUAGUGUAUUAUCAUAAUAUUGAAACAUCAAAUUUCCCUAAACUACUUUUAGCCUUAUUCCUGUAUUGGGUAAUGGCCUUUAUUACAAAAACAAUAAAAUUGGUCAAGUAUUGGCAGUCUGGGUGGGGAGUAUCAGACCUGCGUUUCUGCAUCACUGGCAUGAUGGUCAUUUUGAAUGGGCUUCUGAUGGCUGUGGAGAUCAAUGUCAUUCGGGUCAGAAGGUAUGUAUUCUUCAUGAACCCUCAGAAAGUCAAGCCUCCUGAAGACCUCCAGGAUCUGGGUGUGAGAUUUCUUCAGCCAUUUGUGAAUUUGCUAUCAAAAGCGACAUACUGGUGGAUGAACACCCUAAUCAUAUCUGCACAUAAAAAGCCUAUUGAUCUGAAGACCAUUGGAAAAUUGCCAAUAGCAAUGAGGGCAGUAACAAAUUAUGUUUGCCUGAAAGAUGCAUAUGAAGAACAAAAGAAGAAAGUAGCAGAUCAUCCGAAUCGAACUCCAUCUAUAUGGCUUGCAAUGUACAGAGCUUUUGGGCGGCCAAUUCUACUGAGUAGCACAUUUCGUUAUCUUGCUGAUCUGCUGGGUUUUGCUGGACCUCUCUGUAUUUCUGGAAUAGUACAGCGUGUGAAUGAAACUCAGAAUAUGACAAAUAACACAACAGGUAUUUCAGAAACCCUCUCAUCAAAAGAAUUUCUUGAAAAUGCUUAUGUUCUAGCAGUUCUUCUCUUCUUGGCCCUUAUUCUGCAAAGGACAUUUCUUCAGGCCUCCUACUAUGUGACCAUAGAGACAGGCAUUAAUCUUCGUGGAGCUCUGCUGGCCAUGAUAUACAAUAAAAUCCUUAGGCUGUCUACAUCUAACUUAUCCAUGGGUGAGAUGACUCUGGGACAGAUCAAUAACUUGGUUGCUAUUGAAACCAAUCAACUCAUGUGGUUCUUAUUCCUGUGUCCCAACCUAUGGGCUAUGCCUGUCCAGAUCAUAAUGGGAGUGAUCCUGCUCUAUAAUUUACUUGGAUCAAGUGCAUUGGUUGGUGCAGCUGUCAUUGUGCUGCUUGCGCCAAUUCAGUACUUCAUCGCUACAAAGUUGGCAGAGGCUCAGAAGAGCACUCUUGAUUAUUCCACUGAAAGACUCAAGAAAACGAAUGAAAUAUUGAAAGGCAUCAAGCUUCUCAAGUUGUAUGCCUGGGAACACAUUUUCUGCAAAAGUGUGAAAGAAACAAGAAUGAAAGAAUUGUCUAGUCUCAAAACCUUUGCACUUUAUACAUCACUCUCCAUCUUCAUGAAUGCAGCAAUUCCCAUAGCAGCUGUUCUUGCUACAUUUGUGACCCAUGCAUACACCAGUGGGAACAAACUAAAACCUGCAGAGGCCUUUGCUUCACUGUCUCUCUUUCAUAUCCUUGUCACACCACUAUUCCUGCUCUCCACAGUGGUCAGAUUUGCAGUCAAAGCCAUCAUAAGUGUUCAAAAGCUGAAUGAGUUUCUCUUGAGUGAUGAGAUUGGUGACGACAGCUGGCGGACCGGCGAAGGUUCUUUGCCUUUUGAGUCCUGUAAGAAACAUACCACAGUGCAGCCAAAAACUAUAAACAGGAAGCAGCCUGGGAGAUACCACCUGGACAGCUAUGAGCAAUCAACAAGAAGACUUCGUCCUGCAGAAACAGAGGAUAUUGCAAUAAAGGUCACAAAUGGAUACUUUUCAUGGGGCAGUGGUUUAGCUACAUUAUCCAAUAUAGACAUUCGAAUUCCAACAGGUCAGUUAACCAUGAUUGUGGGUCAAGUAGGAUGUGGGAAGUCCUCUCUCCUCCUCGCCAUCCUUGGUGAGAUGCAGACACUGGAAGGGAAAGUGCACUGGAGCAAUGUAAAUGAAUCUGAGCCUUCUUUUGAAGCAACCAGAAGUAGGAACAGGUAUUCUGUAGCUUAUGCAGCACAAAAGCCUUGGUUAUUAAAUGCUACAGUAGAAGAAAAUAUUACCUUUGGAAGUCCUUUCAACAAACAGAGGUACAAAGCUGUCACGGAUGCCUGUUCUCUUCAGCCGGAUAUUGACUUAUUACCAUUUGGAGACCAAACUGAAAUUGGAGAGAGGGGCAUCAACCUGAGUGGGGGGCAGAGGCAAAGAAUCUGUGUGGCACGAGCUCUCUAUCAAAACACCAACAUUGUCUUCUUGGAUGACCCAUUUUCUGCCCUGGACAUUCACUUGAGUGAUCACUUAAUGCAGGAGGGGAUUUUGAAAUUUCUCCAAGAUGACAAAAGGACACUUGUUCUCGUGACUCACAAAUUACAAUACCUGACACAUGCUGACUGGAUCAUAGCCAUGAAAGAUGGAAGUGUGCUAAGAGAAGGAACUUUGAAAGACAUUCAGACCAAAGAUGUUGAGCUUUACGAGCACUGGAAAACACUUAUGAAUCGGCAAGAUCAAGAAUUAGAAAAGGAUAUGGAAGCUGACCAGACAACUUUAGAGAGGAAAACUCUCCGAAGAGCCAUGUACUCAAGAGAGGCUAAAGCCCAGAUGGAGGAUGAAGACGAAGAGGAAGAAGAGGAGGAAGAUGAGGAUGAUAACAUGUCUACUGUAAUGAGGCUCAGAACGAAAAUGCCAUGGAAAACCUGUUGGUGGUACCUCACUUCUGGAGGAUUCUUCUUACUCUGCCUGAUGAUUUUCUCUAAGCUUUUGAAGCAUUCAGUUAUUGUGGCUAUAGACUAUUGGCUGGCUACAUGGACAUCUGAGUAUAAUAUAAACAAUACUGGAAAAGCUGACCAGACCUACUAUGUGGCUGGAUUUAGCAUACUUUGUGGAGCAGGUAUUUUCCUUUGCCUGGUUACAUCUCUCACUGUAGAAUGGAUGGGUCUCACAGCUGCCAAAAAUCUUCACCACAAUCUUCUCAAUAAGAUAAUUCUUGGACCAAUAAGGUUCUUUGAUACCACUCCCCUGGGGCUGAUUCUCAAUCGAUUUUCAGCUGAUACUAAUAUCAUCGACCAGCAUAUCCCUCCAACUCUGGAAUCUCUAACUCGCUCAACACUGCUUUGCCUGUCUGCCAUUGGGAUGAUCUCCUAUGCCACUCCCGUGUUCCUUGUUGCUCUUGUGCCUCUUGGAGUUGCCUUUUACUUCAUCCAGAAAUAUUUCCGAGUUGCCUCUAAGGACCUCCAGGAACUUGAUGACAGUACCCAGCUCCCUCUGCUCUGCCACUUCUCAGAAACCGCUGAAGGACUCACUACCAUCCGGGCCUUUAGGCAUGAAACCAGAUUUAAGCAACGUAUGCUGGAACUGACGGACACAAACAACAUUGCCUACUUAUUUCUCUCAGCUGCCAACAGAUGGCUGGAGGUCAGGACGGAUUACCUGGGAGCUUGCAUUGUCCUUACUGCAUCUAUUGCUUCCAUUAGUGGGUCGUCCAAUUCUGGAUUGGUGGGCUUGGGUCUCCUCUAUGCACUUACGAUUACCAAUUAUUUGAACUGGGUUGUGAGGAAUUUGGCUGACCUGGAGGUGCAGAUGGGUGCAGUCAAGAAAGUGAACAGCUUCUUGAGUAUGGAGUCUGAGAACUAUGAAGGCACCAUGGAUCCUUCUCAAGUUCCAGAACAUUGGCCACAGGAAGGAGAGAUCAAGAUUCAUGAUCUGUGUGUCAGAUAUGAAAACAAUCUGAAGCCUGUUCUUAAACAUGUCAAGGCUUACAUCAAACCUGGGCAAAAGGUGGGCAUAUGUGGUCGCACUGGCAGUGGAAAGUCUUCCUUAUCGCUGGCUUUCUUCAGAAUGGUUGAUAUAUUUGAUGGAAAGAUUGUCAUUGAUGGGAUAGACAUUUCUAAACUGCCACUGCAUACGCUACGUUCUAGACUUUCUAUCAUUCUGCAGGAUCCAAUACUAUUCAGCGGUUCUAUUAGGUUUAAUUUAGACCCAGAAUGCAAAUGCACAGAUGACAGACUCUGGGAGGCUCUAGAAAUUGCCCAGCUGAAGAAUAUGGUCAAAUCUCUACCAGGAGGUCUAGAUGCAGUUGUCACUGAAGGUGGGGAGAACUUUAGCGUUGGACAGAGACAGCUGUUUUGCCUGGCCAGAGCCUUUGUCCGCAAGAGCAGCAUUCUCAUUAUGGACGAAGCAACUGCUUCCAUUGACAUGGCCACAGAAAAUAUCUUGCAGAAAGUUGUGAUGACAGCCUUUGCAGACCGCACUGUUGUCACCAUAGCUCAUCGGGUUCACACCAUUCUGACGGCAGAUCUGGUUAUUGUGAUGAAGAGAGGAAAUAUUUUGGAAUAUGACACUCCAGAAAGCCUCUUGGCCCGGGAAGAUGGAGUAUUUGCCUCUUUUGUUCGUGCAGACAUGUGAAGGGGUGUCUAAAAAUGAUUUGUGUGUAUUAAGGCAGUCAUGACCUACUUGACCUUUGUAGAGUGGCACCUUAAAUUUUUACAAACUUCUGUACAAGAAAAGAAGCUGACAUUCCUUUUUCCUGUUUUUUUGCCUAACAGUUUUUCAAGGUAUCACCACUAAAUAUGUUCAUUACUGUAUGUCUUCCUGAUGGCAAACCACUUUAUCUUUAGGAAUAACAGGGUGUAUUAAAACAUAUAAGCUAACAGCCAACAAUAAAAAAUUAAAAAAAAAAAUAAUAAUUAAUUUCAAGCUAAAAAAAAAAAAAUAAAACAUAUAAGCUACUUUAAAUGGUAAAUCAACAGCUUAUGUUUUCUCAUAACUUUAAGUCUGGUAAAUAACUUUCAAGCAUAGAUGUUGCAAGGAGUAGUCAAUAUUAUUACACUCUUCCUUGUAACACAUUUUCCUUGUUGGAACCUCCAAAUGUUAUUCUAACAGAAUAAAGGAAGGAUGUGUUUUCUAAUGAAACACUCAAAUUCAUAAUCUACUUUAUGAGAAUAUUUUGUGUUCAUUAACAUACUGAUGCUGUCUUAACAGUCUCUUUUUUCCCCCUCUGAAUAGUGUCACCAAGAAGUUAUCACAUGUAUAAUAGUUCCAUGAGGCCAAUGCCUGAAAUGGAAAGAUCAUGAAAAGAAAAAUAUAUUUGAAAAAUUAUACUCAUUUCUACUCUUCUUUGUCCAGUAAUGAGAGAAUUCUUAAGGGCUCAGGCAUAACAUGCCUUUCCCAGACUGAAGUUCAAAGAGUGAUUAGGGUCAAUCCUUUAAUGGGAGGUCAAAUAUGCUUUUUAGGGAGUAAUUCCUCAUUAGUUGUGGUUAUGACCUGAACCCUAAAAUUCUUUUUGAUUCAAAGGAAUACAGGCACAUGGCCUUACUUGUUUUACACCUGUGCCAUACCUUAACCAUAUGCUAAUCAUGGCCAGUGAACAUUCCUUUAAGAUACCAGUAUUCCCUGUGAAACAGUUUGAUAUCAGGGUGGAAAUGUCUCACACUUUGAAGUUUUACAUAUAUUACAAGUUAUCUAUUUCUAGUUGGAAGAUUUACCUCUGGACAUUUGUGCCACACAUGUAUCCAUUGCUCAUGCUCUAAUUUUAAUGUGUGUGUAAAGAAUACAUUAAAAAUUCAUAAGCUAUGGUUGGUUUUGCUUAAAUUGAAAUUAUAAAAUUUAAAUUACUGAAAGUUGCCAUCACUGUUAUAUUCACAACAUAGUUUAUAUGGAAUUCUGUACCCAUUCCAUAUAACUAUUAUUGAUUUGCGUAGGAUCCACAUACAAUGUAAGAUCUUGAAAACUUCUAAUUGACAGGCAAAGAAAUUGUGCUCUCUCUCCAUAGUCCUUGUGUUCAGUUUAUUGCAUUGUCUAUUAACUCUUUAAAAAAUUUUGUAUCAGAAUAUGUCAUGAUACUUUUACCCAAAUAUAGAAACCUAAUGUUUUAAAAUAUAUCUUCUACAAGAUGGAUAAAAAUGGUCCAUGAGAAGCUUAAAUUGCUUCUCAUUGUUGUAUACAUAAAACUAAAUUGGAAAAAAAAUAUUAUUGUUUUCCAAAGCUACACAAAACAGAAUUGGUACCCCUAAAUAAAUUCUUGAAAAUAUUUUCUAACAUUUUAACCAAUCUCCUAAAAUAUUGCUGGCAUGACAAUGUUUUGUGGAGAUUAAUAUUCAUUAUGCUUAUUACGAAGUUAUACCUCAUUGUCACAGAGGAGUAUAUUUUCACUAUAGAAAUAAUCCCUUUUGAUACUUGUGGAUUAUACUCUUAAAUGCUGCCAGGUCAGUGGCAGAAAAAUCUCAUUACACUAAACUGAGAAUCAUAGUUCCAUUUGUACACCAAAGUGGUUUUUGGUCCCCUCCCUCAUCACUUUUACUUAAAUUUAGUAAAUGUUUAAUUGUUGACAAAACUAAAUUGACUGAAAAAAGUAAAGAAUGAUGCUUUCAAUCAAUCAUUUAUGAUAUCAUGUAUUAUCUACUGACUAUAGAAAUGACUCAUCUUGAAAUAAUUUUUGCUACAUGAAUACAUAUUUGUAAAACAUGACCUGCUUGACCCUAUUAAUUUUUUUACACUUAUGGCUUUUACAUUUGACUAACCAAAUCAAUUUUAGGAAUGUUAAUUCCUUAAUGUUUGUAAAAAGCAAUAAAUUCACAAAGCCUUAUAUUUACAUAACAACAGGGUAACUGUUGUCAUUGAAAAGAAAUUUCUCUUAAAGGAUUGUGCACCGCCCACUUUUAUAAUAUUAUUCAUGACCCAUUCAGCUCUAGAUUAGAUACUAGAUAACCCAAAAAAUGGGCACAUGAAUUCUGGGACCAUGUCUUGUUUGUCUUUGUGCCCUGACACUAAAUACUAAUGCCUAGCCCGCCCUAAUAAAUACAGUUGAUUACUCCAUUGAUUAAUUUUACUGCUAGCCAUAUGCUAAUAACUAUGGGUUAUUCUCUUUGAUUUUCUGUGCUGUUUAUUCUACUAUUUAUUCUCUACAAUAUAUGAAAUAUGUUUAUUCUCUACAAUAAAGGUGUUUAUUCUCUAUAAAAUAUGAAAACAUUGGCUUGCAUUACAUAAUAAAUUACUCCUGUGGUUUGCUCAA